AUGGUAUUGUUUUCAUUGAGUCAGCCAGGUGGUCAUCCACGUAAUUGGAAUUCUGUACGAACAAUUUGUAUGGAUGUAUUGGACAAGAUUCGAGUGAGAAUUGACGAAGAGAAUGCGAGAAUUCGGAAAGAAACUUUCGCGAGUUUGAAUCGGCUUUCGAACAAUGGCUAUCUGAUGGGAGGGAUGCCAGGCAGUAAUGGUGGCGGUCCAACAAUGCUUUUGCCGAAUCAACUUCGCAAAGGUUUAUGUAUGUUGGUGUGGCACUCGUAUGAAGAAGACCGAUUCGGUGUGGUACAAAAAGAUUUGGGAACGGUUAUAUCGCUGAUGCUGAAAUUGGUUGUUUCAUUGGACAAGUAUAUUCACAAUUUGAAACCAAGCCGGGAAUCAGACCAACCAAAAGAGCAGUCAGCAUCGAAUAAUUCAGUCUACUAUACACUGGAAACAACAGUUUGUUCAGCACUGUCGAGGAUU